AUGUACAUUCACUGGACGAAUCACUAUUUUCCCAAAAUUUUUGGCAUUUUGUCAUUUGUCGCCAAUCCGAUUUUCAUGUAUCUGAUAGUGACUGAGCAAAAAUCAAAUUCAAUCGGAAAAUAUCGAUUUUUGAUUUUUUUCUUUGCCAUUUUUGAUAUGAGCUACUCAACAGUUGAGUUGCUAGCUCCAGUGGUUCGUUUGCGUUUUGGAAUCUUUUCAGUUUUUGAAGAUAAUCUUCAGGGAAUUCAUGGCACCGGAGCAGCUUUUGUUGUGUGCUUAACGGAUGGCCCAUUCUAUGGAAUUAAGAACCUUCAUCUUGCCCAACUUGCUGUAUCCAUCCGAUGUGGCUGUAUAUCUCUUUCCUACGGUAUUCUGAUAAUUCAUUUCAUUUAUAGAUACAUAACAUUGUUUUUCCCAAAACUUGUUGCCAGUAUCUUUCAGUCAACUGGAUGUAUUUGCAUUUUCUUGUUUUUCAUCACUCAUGGAAUUGUUUGGGCAGGAGUUUGCGAACUUUUUCUCUAUGGGGACAAUGAAAUGAGAGACUACAUCCGGGAUGCAUUCCAAAAAGACUACGGAGUUGAUUCCUAUGAUAUUGCGUUUCUGGGAGCAAUUUACAUGGAAGCCAGCGACCAAGUGGUGGAACGUAGUUGGGCAGGAAUUCUGAUUCUGACCGGAAUAUCAACGUAUGCCGUCUCAUUGUACAUUGCACUUGGGUACAAGAUAAUGAAAAAACUACGCGACAACCCAGCGAUGUCAGUGACAACUAAAAACAUGCACAAACAACUGUUCCGUGCUCUGUCCGUCCAAACGAUCAUCCCAAUUUGCAUCAGCUUCUCCCCGUGCUUGGUAGCCUGGUAUGGACCGGUGCUAGGAUUUGAUCUCGGAAUGUGGAACAACUACUUGGGAGUUAUCGCCUUAUCCGCUUUUCCAUUUAUGGACCCUGUUGCCAUAAUCCUUCUUCUUCCCGCUUACCGGAAUCGUGUUUUUGGAGUUGUGCCAAAAGCCCCAGUAAUCGUGCCCACAUUGGUUACCAGGUCAUCGCAUCGGUGGACAACAACUGCUAAUGUUUUGGCGCAUUGA